AUGGACCAGGUCAUGCAGUUUGCUCAGCCAAGUCGGCAGUUUGAAAAGGACUCGAUUCAGAUGGUUAAAGAAUAUACCAAACCCGGCAGAGAAGAAUUCCAGAAGAUCGCCAUGGCCACAGCGAUAGGAUCUGCUAUCAUGGGAUUCAUUGGCUUCUUUGUAAAACUGAACCCUAUCCCUAUUAAUAACAUUAUUGGUGGCUGA